CCUCAAGACACACAACAAAAGUGGUCCCUUUACCGUGCCACACAACAGAAACUCCGUCGUAAUUCACUACCGCUUUUAGAAAGUAUUCAUUUACAAAAAAUGCUCGUCACUUUGCUUGACGAUGAGCAUGUGCGGGCCAUGCAGACAUCCAUUACAGCGAGAAUAAAGCAAUCUCAAGAAGAUGAAGAUGAUAUCCCAUUAGGCACUUUAAUUCAUAAAAAG